AUGUCUCCUAUCGCUGUAGCCUUGCUGUGCAUCCAAGCUUGCUUGGUUCAGAAUGUAUACAGCCAGUGUCUGCGAGGAGGUUUAGCUGGACUUGCUGAUUCCAGGGCUUAUGCUCUAGAAGCAGGUCUGGCUGGAAUCAAUGGCUUCGGAUUGGAUGCUGGUUUAGCUGGUCCAUACGCUCUGGAGGCUGGUCUGUCUCCAGCUUUCGGUUAUCCAGCUUCUUUAGCUGGCUUAGCUGGUGCUGGUGCUUAUGGCGGUUCUGGAAUUGGUGAUAUAGCAGUGGCUGGUGAGAUGCCCGUCGCUGGAACCACCCUCGUCGCUGGACAGGUUCCAAUCCUAGGAUCUGUUGGUUUCGGAGGUCUUGUAGCUGCUGGUGGCACCGUCUCCAUCACUGGAAGCAGCGCCUGCGGUUGCGAUGCUCGCCUCUACUAA